AUGUGCCCUCCAUCACCAGAUUCAUGUCCCCUCCAUCACCUCAGCUUCAUGUGCCCUCCAUCACCAGAUUCAUAUCCCCUCCAUCACCUCAGCUUCAUGUCCCCUCCAUCACCUCAGCUUCAUGUGCCCUCCAUCACCAGCUUCAUGUGCCCUCCAUCACCUCAGCUUCAUGUGCCCUCCAUCACCAGAUUCAUAUCCCCUCCAUCACCUCAGCUUCAUGUCCCCUCCAUCACCUCAGAUUCAUGUCCCCUCCAUCACCUCAGCUUCAUGUGCCCUCCAUCACCAGAUUCAUAUCCCCUCCAUCACCUCAGCUUCAUGUCCCCUCCAUCACCUCAGCUUCAUGUCCCCUCCAUCACCUCAUCUUCAUGCGCCCUCCAUCACCUCAGCUUAAUGUGCCCUCCAUCACCUCAGCUUCAUGUGCCCUCCAUCACCUCAUCUUCAUGCGCCCUCCAUCACCUCAGCUUCAUGUGCCCUCCAUCACCUCAGCUUCAUGUGCCCUCCAUCACCUCAGCUUCAUGUGCCCUCCAUCACCAUCUUUAUAUCCUGUCCAUCAUCAGCUUCAUGUGCCCUCCAUCACCUCAGCUUCAUGUGCCCUCCAUCACCAUCUUCAUGUCCUCAAGCUCCUGCCAAAAAAAGAGACCUCGUCCAUGA